AACAAAUACUUGGUCAUGGCAAAUUUCUACAAAGAAGAUGGAGUUUCAACAUCCAUUUCAGAAACCCCCCCUACUCAUUACACAAUCAAAAUUCAGUCACUUUCUCUUCUAAAGAAGAACAAUAUUGAGAAAUACACCUCUCCUUAUUUCGAAGCCGGCGGAUAUAAAUGGAAGUUGGUGUUUCAUCAAAAUGGAAACAAAAGCAAGAAUAAAGCAGGGAAGCAUGUUUCUGUGUAUCUGAUGAUGGCGGAUGCAACCUCACUAGCACCUGCAGGUUGGGAGGUCCAUGUUGGUUUUCGGCUGUUUUUGCUUGAUCACAACAAUGACAACUACUUGGUCCUCCAAGAUACAUUUACUGGAAAGGGAAGAAGAUUCCAUGCUAUGAAGGUGGAAUGGGGAUUUGAUCGAUUCAUGAGUCAAGAAGCUUUCAACAAUCCAGAAAAUGGGUAUGUUGUAGAUGACACGUGUGUCUUAGGAGCAGAGGUAUAUGUCCGUCAAGAAAAGUUCCGAGGUAGACAAGACUGUCUCUCCAUGGUGAAAGACCCCAUUAGCUAUAAGCACACCUGGAAGAUCGACAAGUUCUCUUCUCUUACUGCAGAUUGUGUAGACUCUAAGACCUUCAUGGUAGCAGAACAUAAAUGGAAGAUACAGGUAUACCCCAAGGGCAAAGGGAGUGGUACAGGCAACCAUUUAUCACUAUACUUGGCAUUGGCAGAACCAACCAGCCUUUCUCAGGGUUGUCAAAUAUAUGCAGAUUUUACAAUGCGUAUCCUUGAUCAAGUUAAUGCCCAACAUGACUUAGGCAAAGCCAACUAUUGGUUCAGUGGAUCACAGACGGUUUGCGGAUGGCCAAGAUUUAUAUCAAUUGGGUAUUUCAGUUUGCCAGGAGCCGGCUUUCUCGUCAGGGACACUUGUGUUAUAGAGGCUGAAGUCACUGUGCAUGGGGCUACUACUAAUAAAAUUAUGCUCUAAUUAGUACAAAGAAUUUGAUCAUGACAGCAAUUAUUGUUGAGAGAAUAUUUUCUCUACUGUUUGGACAGACCAGAUAGAAGAACAUUGAAGUCAUAAGUCUCAUUCUGACAAAUUGAUCUGCCUGUAUCAAUCAUGCCAAUUUGGCAUGCCAUGCUAGUCCCGGUGUUCUUUCUCAUACAAGUAAUGCAAAUGAACUACUACUAUUUGGAAUUUAAGCCCAUUAUUUCUCCGUUCUUGUUGUAUCAAUUAGUAUUUGUUUAAAGUGAGGAAAAUGAUGCAAGAAUGCCCUCUCCAUUUCUCUCGACUUAGGAUAGUGCAUUUCCUAGUUAUCACUUUAUUUCUUUCGAGCAAAUUCUAGUAUGGAAGUGAAAAGGAAGACCCUCAGAACUAAAAGUAGAAUUUACUUUACAACAUACUUUAAAUGUUCUCUCAAAUAUUAAAAUAAAUAUUAAGUUUUACAUUAAAAAAAAAAAUUGGUAAAGUAAUCAAAUCAUAUUAGAAAAGCAUCAAGAAGAUGCAAAUGUUACAAGAGAGCAAAAGAAGCUGCUUCAAACAAAACAUGAAGCAAACUUA